AUCACAAUUCACACCCCAAUCAUAAUCAUAUAUCUGCAGAAAAAAAGAAAAAGAAAAAUCAAAUUUGAAAAGCCAUUCUAAUUCCACGAAACUUCUACUAGUACUACAAAUCAAUAAUAUCUUCUUUUUUUUCUUGCAUAAACACAAAAACAAGACCAAUUUGUUCAUAGUGAACACUAAAACAAAACCAAACAAUCUUGAAUCUUGAACCUUGAAUCAUCACUAUUCACUACUACCACCUCUCAAUUUUAAACUGUGCAUUAAUAGCUUCUCCGGUGAGUUUUGAAAGUGAAAGUUGUGGCAGUUGGGGGCAUAACAUAACACUACCACACUCUGUCCCUCAUAAAUGCACUACCUCAAUUCCACCAAUUCUCUUCAUACCCAUUUAAUGUUUUGUUAUAAAACUUUUAUUUCAAUUCCCAAAUAACACUGCUUUUUCUAGUUACAAACACAACCACAUUCUAUCCAUUUCAUCCUUAAACCUUAGUGGUUGUGUUUCAUCAAGACUACUACUAUUGCUCAUAUAAACAACAAAACAACAAAACAAAAACAAUAGAAACACAAGACAUUCCUUUACUUUACAACGUUGAUGGUUCCUUCUUAUAGACUCUGUCAAGAAGAGUUUACAAGAGACAAACACAGAAACACCAAGUGAAGUGAAGAGAAGUUUAGCAAUUUGUCAUCGUUGAAGAUGAAACUGAGAUUGCAAAGAACAAAGUGAAGUGAAGUUUGUGUAAGAUGAAAAUGAAGAGUGGAAUAACAGUGACUUUUGUUAUGGUGUUGUUUUUGUUGGUGGAGUUAACAUUGAGUUUGAGUUCAAGAACUGAAAGGUUAGCGUUAUUGGAGCUUCGGUCAUCGUUGGGUAUAAGGGCGAAAAAUUGGCCUAUUAAAACUGAACCGUGUCGAAACUGGACUGGUGUUGAAUGCAAUAACAGUCGAGUUGUUGGUAUCAACGUGUCCGGGUUGAAGAGAACUCACAAGGGUCGUCUUACGCCGAAUUUUGAAGUGGAUUCUCUGGCAAAUUUCACGCUAUUGGAGUCUUUCAAUGCUUCUGGUUUCAUGCUUAACGGGUCUAUACCAGAUUGGUUUGGUGAGAGACUUGGUGCACUCAAAAAGCUUGAUUUGGGGUCUUGUUCAAUAUCUGGUGUGAUUCCUGAUUCACUUGGUGGUUUGAGUAGUUUGAAGUUUUUGUUACUUUCAGGAAAUAAUCUUACUAGUAGAGUCCCUUCAAGUUUGGGGGGCUUAUCUAGUCUUUCUAUUCUUGACCUCUCUGGGAAUUUGUUUUCAGGAUCAAUACCUGAAUCUUUCUCUAAUCUUGGUAACCUUACAAACCUGGAUCUUUCUAAUAAUUACUUAUCUGGGUCUAUUCCAUCGGAACUCGGUGUCCUUUCAAAUCUCCAAAUUUUGAACCUGUCUAAUAACGCCUUCACUGCUUCGGUUCCUUCUCAGCUAGGCAAUCUUUCAAAAUUGGUUGAGCUUGAUCUUAGUGUGAAUUCUCUUUCCGGGCCAUUGCCGCGUAGUUUGUUUUCUUCUAGAUUUUUCGUCAUUCAAGUUAUGAUUUUAAGUCGAAAUUCAAUCGAUGGUGAUCUUCCUGAUGCUAUAUGGUCAAUGCCUAGAUUGCACUUAUUUGAUGUAUCAGGCAACAGUCUCACUGGUCCACUGCCGAAUUUGUCUGGUUUAAAUGUUAGCUCAAACGGUGGCGGCGUAUUCAAUUUAUCGAACAAUUUUUUCUAUGGACCUGUGAAUGGUUCGACGGACAAGAUUAAAAUGAUUGAUUUGUCUGGAAAUUAUUUGGAUGGCGAUGUGCCAGAUGGUCUUAGUAAUGUUACUCUAGAUAGAAAUUGCCUACAGAAGAUUUCAAACCAGAGGAAUUUGAAAGAGUGUAGAAUGUUUUAUGCCCAGAAAAAUGUAACCUUUGAUUAUGGUAAGCAUGAGACAGAAAAAAAGAAACGAGUAAUAUUCAUACUGGCAGGUAUAUUUGGUGGAUUGGGAUUUAUUGUGCUACUGGUAUUGGUCCUGAUAUUGGUUCUAAAACAAUGUCAUAAAAGUAAAGAUAUGGAAAUUGAAAGAGGGACCACAAAUGGGGGACCUGUUACAGAAGGGGAAAGUCCUACACCUAAGGAUCCUGUUUUCGUAACAGCUGUCGGAGAAUCGUUUACUUUCGAACAAAUACUCCAUUUUACUGGAAAUUUCGAUGAAGCAAACUUAAUAAAACAUGGUCAUUCUGGAGUCUUUUUCUUCGGAGUUUUGGACAGUGGAGUAACUGUUGUUGUCAAAAGGGUAGAUUUAAGUUUAUUUAAGAGAGAAUCUUACAUUGCAGAGUUGGGAUUGUUAAGCAAGGUUUCGCAUGCAAGAUUGGUCCCAAUUCUAGGACAGUGCAUGGAUAAUGAGAAGGAUAAAUGUAUAGUUUACAAGUAUAUGAUAAAUGGAGAUUUGGCUGCUUCCUUACAUAGAGUCAGUGGUUCAGAUGGGAAGUUGCAGUCCCUGGAUUGGAUCACAAGAUUGAAAAUUGCAACAGGAGCUGCUGAAGGCCUGGCUUACUUACAUGAUUGCAGCCCUCCUCUUGUUCACAGAGAUAUCCGAGCCAGUAGUAUACUUCUCGAUGAUAAAUUUGAAGUGCGGCUUGGAAGUUUAAGUGAGGUUGCUGCCCAAGAAGAUUUUCAUCAGAAUGUUGUGUCAAGAGUUUUCAGCAAGCCACUAUCUUCUAAUCAAGGCAAUUCUGGUACAUCAUCUGUGACGUGUGCUUAUGAUAUCUACUGUUUUGGGAAGAUUUUACUCGAGCUUGUUACCGGUAAUAUCGACAUCAGCGAAUCAGAUGAUGCAACCACAAAGGAUUGGAUAGAGCAAACCUUGAAUUACAUCACCAUAUUCGAUAAAGAACGGUUGGCUAAGAUCGUUGACCCGUCUUUGAUAGUGGAUGACGACUUAUUGGAAGAGGUAUGGGCUAUGGCAAUCGUGGCCAAGUCGUGCCUUAAUCCUAAAGCUUCCAAACGACCUCCAAUGAAACAUGUCCUCAAAGCACUUGAAAAUCCAUUGAAGAUUGUGAGAGAAGAAAGCUUUAGUUCAGCGAAAUUGAGAACAACUUCGUCGAAUAGAUCGUGGAGCACUGCGUUCUUUGGUAGCUGGAGACACAGCUCAUCAGACAGUGGUGCAACUGCAACCAAUAGAGAGGGUUCUAGUGGCAUUAAACAAACAGGAAGAGUAAGUUCUCAUGGUAGUGGUGGACAUGAUCAUUCAUCUUCGAAUAAAAGGUCAUCCAAUGAAAUAUUCCCGGAACCGAUGGGAAUGCAAGACUUGGAGAAUGGAGAGUUAAGAUGAAACACUUAGAGGAAAUGUACUUGGUUAUUCAUUUAUUGGUGAAGUUCUACCUCUUUUUUGGGUAGUAACUCGUGCCAUAGCUUAGCUAUUGCUUGUUAUGGUCCAUCACCACCAUACAGUUAAUGAUUGCUUUUGCUUUCUAAAGCUGAUUAAGCAGUACACCUUGAGAUUCUGGUACCUAAAGUGCUUUGCUAAAAUUGAAUCAUUUUACUCAUCCACCCUAUUUGUUAUGUGUGACAGAUUGUAAAAAGUAAUAGGAGAGUUUUCAUUUUGAGAGGAAUUGGAAAAUGGUUAAAACUUUGUAUUCCAAAUAGAAUUUUAUUUAGAGGUAGUGUGGUAUGUGAUUGAAGUGAAAACACAAAAAUGAUUAUUCGUUUUCACAAAACAUUAGUUAACUUUGUUCUGGUGGAUCAUUUGCUUGUACUAUAGUAUUGGUUGGUUAGUCACGUA